AAUUUUAAAUCAAAACAAUAGUGUAGGAUAGUGAAUUAUAACUAGAUCUGUAAUAUCUAGAUUUUGUCUUAUAAAAAACAAUAAUUUAAAUAUGACUUUGUAUUUUGAAAGACCAGUCGUCUUUCCAGAAACAGGUUCUAUAUCUGUGAACAGCGUUUGGCAUUCAAAUACCCCCCUCUUGGCGGUGGCAAGUUUUUCACAAGAUAGGGGAGGAUUUGUUAUCAUUUUUGAUGAGUUGGGAGAAUCGUUGAAAAAUGUCAACUAUCCAGUACAUAGAAGUUUCCAAGUAACUGCUCUUUCUUGGCACCCGAAUAAAAUAAUUCUUGUAACCGGAUGGGAAAACGGUGAACUCAAAAUUUGGAAUGGUUCUGACAAAGAUUUUGCGAAUGUUAUUGGACCUCACAAGGCACCCAUCACCUUUUUGGGAUUUAGCGAGAAAGGAACACGUUUGGUAUCAUGUGAUUCGACAGGAUCAGUUAUUGGUUGGAAAGUGGACAGCCGAGGAGACACUAAUCUUUCAUUUCAUUUGGAUCUUAAGGAGUCUAUCACGCACCUAACUUUUAGACGCACUGUUAAAACUCAUAUCGAAUUUGACGUAGAAGGUCUAGCAAAAGCUGCAGUAAACGGAGACGAACAUGCUCUUGAUAUGUUUAGUAAUUGGAGACCAAAAACUACUGCUAGAAAGUUUAAGGUACAAGAUGGUGCAGAUAAUGUUAACUUUUUCGUCGCUACACAAUCAGGUUCAAUCUACUACAUAAAUACUAGCGGAUCCUGUUCCGAGGUAUUUAACGCAGAGGGUAUUCCCAUGUCUAAUAUAUUAUACCACCCAUCUAAAGAUGCCAUGAUAGUGAUGAUUGAGGGUUUUACUAUAUGUUAUUUUUCUGUGGAUUAUCAGGGACAUUUGUCAGAAUUGGCGAAAGUAAAACUAAGUGGAAGAGUCCAAACUCGAAAUGUCGGAAGUCAGGGAAUCACAUGGGCUGGUAGUAGCUGUUUGGCUAUUUUAACAGGUGAUUUAACAGUUCGUGUUUGGGAUAUAGAAACAAAUGACAACUAUGUUCUACCUACUCAAAUGAAAUUAUACGACACGCAAGAUAAAUACCACACUGUUAAUGAGAUAUUUACCUGUAUAGCAUAUUGUACAUUGAACCAAACACUUUGUGCUGGCACAAACAUCGGCCGAGUGUAUUUUUGGGGUAAAAAACAUAAUUUUACUGAUCUCGAGAAUCCCGAGGAUGUUUGGGAUCUAAAUAAUGUUAAUUCAAUAAGCGGCACUAUAAAACAGGUGAUCUGGGGUUCGCAAAUGCUCAGACUACCUUUACUUAGCGUCAACUGCGUUACUUCAGUCUACAUAAUGAAAGAGCAGAGCAUUUGCAGCACAUUUUCGGAAAAAAUUUGGGCAACGCAAAAAACUUCGAGUCAAGUGCUGGUUGAGAGUGACAAAGGAGAUUUUUUAUUACAAUUAGAUUCUCAAGUUACUGAUAUGUCGAUUUCUGAGGAGAUUUUAGCUUUUACUGAUGGAAGAAGUAUUCAAUGUUAUGAUAUUGUUUGGGACAGUGUUAAUAUUGACAGGGUUGAAAGUUCUUUAAACGAAGGAGGUAAUAAAGAUUUUUCGGUUCGUCGUUUGUCUACUUUUACCGCUGAGAGGGACUCGAUAAUAGUUUAUCACAAGAAUAUAAUAGCGAUGGACGCAAAAUCGAUUUCGAUUUUUUCUACAAUGGGAUCAAUAUUGUUUACAAUAGCUGCUGGUAUGAAUGAGGGUGAAAAUAUCGGCAUGGAUGUCAGCUCCAAUUACUUGACAAUAUUCACUAUGGAGGGUUUCUUGAAGAUCCAUGAUUUAUCAGUAGAUCCUCCGAAACUUCUAACUUCAGUUCGCAACAUGUACGACAUGGUGCCGGAUUUCGGGGAAAUAAUCUUGGCAAAAACGAACUCUAGCGGCACUAAGGUAGCUUUUACAUUAGCAGCAGCGAAUUUAAUACCUGAUGGUAAACUGUACGUUUGGGAUAUAGAAAGCGACACAGUUACCUUCUAUGAUUUUAGAAAAUACGAUUCUUUGGAAAACCAUAAAAUCGAGAACGAAGAAGAAUCUCAAGAAAAGACCAAAGCUGAACAGAAAAUGGACGAUAACUGUAAGAAUAGGAUUCCUGUUGGAUUUUGUUGGGAUGAAAAGGAUUCGAGGUUGCUCAUUUGUAGUGCGAGAAAGUUGAAGAGGCUAGUACAGAAAAAGGGAUUUCUUGCAAGGACAAAAUCAGAUGAAAAGAAAAACCUUUCGGACGAAGACAGCAUUCUAAUAACGAUGUUUGUUUCUCCCGAAAAUAGCAUCAGACUUCACGAUAUCAAACCAACUGAUCUAGAGAUAAAACUUCUAGCGUGUGUUGCUCCUUUUAUAGUGUCAGUGCAAAAGCUAAGCAUAGUCAGAGAUAUUAUGAGUGACUUUGUGGGUCUGGAAAAGUGUGACGGUGCUACCAGCAAAGCUGUCCUGGAUUUUAGUUACCAUUUGUCUUUAGGUGAUAUGGAUGCAGCUUUCAAAUCAAUAAAAUUAAUACAGAGCAAAGGUGUUUGGCACAGUUUAGCAAAAAUGUGUGUAAAAACAAAACGACUAGAUGUCGCUAGUGUUUGUUUGGGGCAUAUGGGAAAUGCUGGUGCAGCUAGAGCUUUGAGAUUAGCUGUUGCUGAUGAUUCUCUAGAGUUAGAAGCCAAAGUUGCCUUAUUAGCCGUACAUCUAAAUAUGCCGGAUGAAGCCGAACAGUUGUACAUCCAAUGCGGCCGUUAUGAUCUACAAAAUAAACUCUUGCGUAGUAGAAAUAAAAUGGAUGCAGCCCAUGCGGUAUCCGAGUCGAAGGAUAGGAUUAACCUUAGAAACACUGACCAUACUUGGGCGAAGAUGCUGGAACAGGCAGGAGAUUUUAAAGAAGCUGCAGCUAGAUACGAGAGGGCUAACACGCACCUAUACGACGUUCCCAGAAUGUUGAGCGAUCAUCCGCAACAGCUGCAAGCUUAUAUGAGCAAAACGAAGGAUAAGGAAAUGUUAAAAUGGUGGGGACAAUACGUUGAAUCACAAGGCGAUAUGGUUUCGGCUCUAAAAAUAUACGCGAAUGCAGGCGACAUCUAUUCGCAAGUGCGUGUACUAUGUUUUAUGGGUAAGGAAACGUUAGCUUCCGAACUAGCUCGGGGAAAUAUGCAAGAUAAGGCUGCACUUUAUCAUAUGGCUCGAUAUUAUGAGACCGUUGGAAACUUCGAAGAAGCUAUCAAUAUGUUCACGAAAGCUACAGCCUAUUGUAACGCUGUAAGAUUGUGUAAAGAAAAUAAUAUGAUAGACGAACUGUGGAAUCUAAGUAUCGUAGUGUCCAAUAAAGAGAAAGUUCAGAUUGCUAAAUACUUUGAAGAACAAGGUGAUCUUGAAAAAUCUGCAAUGUUAUAUCACAGAGGAGGAAUGUUACACAAAGCUAUUGAUUUAGCAUUCAGAACUAAGCAAUAUGAUAUCCUUCAAGAAAUUGCUUCUGAACUAAAUGCUGAUUCGGAUCCUUCACUGGUUCAAAAAUGCGCUGAAUAUUUCAUCGAUAAUGAACAAUUUGACAGAGCUGUCGAUCUUCUAGCCAUAGUUAAAAAGUAUACAGAAGCCAUUAAUUUAUGCAUGAAACAUAACGUCCAACUUACCGAAGAUCUCGCAGAAAAGCUAACACCAUCUAAGGACCUGGUUGAUGAAGAUACCAGAGAAACGGUUUUGGAAACUUUAGCUGAGAGUCUUAUGGUUCAAGGAAACUAUCAUCUAGCGACAAAGAAAUUUACUCAAGCUGGUGAUAAGAUAAAAGCCAUGAAGGCUUUAUUGAAAUCAGGAGAUACCGACAAAAUAAUAUUCUUCGCAGGAGUUUCUCGUCAAAGAGAAAUCUAUAUCAUGGCUGCCAAUUAUUUGCAAUCAGUAGAUUGGCAGAACCAUCCCGAAAUCCUUAAGAAUAUAAUAACUUUUUAUUCAAAGGGUAAAGCACUGGAUUUAUUAGCCAAUUUCUACGUCGCUUGUGCUCAGGUGGAAAUUGACGAGUUUCAAAACUAUGAAAAGGCUUAUGGAGCUCUUACAGAAGCUUCCCGAUGUUUGCAGAAAAUAACAGAACCCAGAGAUCCUAAGCAAAUACAGAGGGCAGCUGAUAUUGUACAACAAAGAAUCACGUUGGUAAAGAGAUUUGUUGAUAUUAGAAAAUUGUUCGAAAGAGGCGAUGGGCAAACCGCAAUCACACAAUGUCAACAACUCCUAAUGACAGCUGGAAAUGAUUUAGAAGUUGCAGUACGAAGAGGUGAUGUUUAUUCAAGUAUGAUCCAAUACCUCGUAAAAUCCGGUAACUACUCAGAAGCGAAGCAAUACUUUGUGGAACUUCGCCAUUUAUUGGAGCAAAGUGGCAAUACUCCUAUAACUUAUUAUAUAACUAAUGAAGUCCUAGAAGGAUUAGCAAAUGGUCUUAGCAUUCCCGUGGCUCAAUUAUUGCCUAAAUCAACUAAAAUGCGUGUAGCGUCAGAAGGAGAUGGAGAUGAUGUAGAAGAAGUCGUUGAGGAAUAAAUCGUGUCUAGAUACACUGUUAUAAAAAAUAUAUAGUAUGGUGAUAUUGUUUCGCUCAAAAGACUGACCAACAACUAACAAUCUUUGUCAAGUAGUAAUAGUAAUUAAUCUUUGUUAAUUAGUAAUAGUAAUAUACUUGAGCGUUAGAGUGAAGUUAAAGCCCUGUCGUUUGAUUUAUCCUAUUUAAUGAUUCGAUAGUAAAGAUUCCAUGAAAGGCAAGCCACGUAAGUAUGCUAAUAAAGGAAAUAAAUCAGUCUUGUCUGUAUUCAUGUUUAUCUUGGGUAAAUUAUAUAAGUACAACCGCAAAAAAUUAUUGAUUUUAUGUGUAGUCAUAACUACGCUAAAGUUAAAAAAUCACAACGGUUAAAAUAAAAUA